AACCAAACAAUCAAAGGCCAUUUCUGCAUCCAAUUGGUCCAUCUAUCAUGCCUUCGUUGGAAGACAUGUUACAAGCGCCAGACGCUACAGUCCGUGCCAUUCUCCGAGCUCUGUGCCAAGAUAUUGACACCCGAUCCCGUGCACGCAGCUACUUUGAGACCCUAGAAGCUGUCAAUGAUUCUUCCGACACCCGCAAACGCAAAGCGGAGGAUGAGCUUAGCAUCUGUGUCCAAUGUGACGAGGCCUUUUACAUAAACGAUAACAAUGAUAAAGAUGCUUGUUGCUACCAUUGGGGAGAGCUUGAGGUUGACUAUGAUGCCGAUAUUUGGGCAGACCACGAUGAGAAUUGUCACGGGACUAUAGACACAGAGUCAAUGCGCGCGGAAUACCCCGAAGGAUUUGUUUGGAAUUGCUGUGAUGAACCUGGCGAUGAGGAUGGCUGUUACCAUGGGCGGCAUGAAGCUGAUCCAACUAAGUCAAGGAGAGCGUCGGGCGAAGAGCCAAGUGACAUGGAGGAUUAUAACGACGACGAUGGUGUUUAGGUAGGCAGCAAGAGCCCAGUGUCUCCCAAAUUCCAAUUCAUCAUGG